AGUACUAGUACCAGUCCCUGUUCGGAAACGAGCUCCUCGCGAGGGAGUGCCGCUGGAAAUGCACAACCCAAAGAGCUACGCCAAGGCGAACGCGCUGCAGCGACGCGACGCGAAAUUCGCGCUGGCCAUGUGGAAGCCCCUGUGCUGGGAUGUCCCCGGGGAUGUCCUCGACCUCGGAUGCGGGCCGGGUGAUGUCACCGUCGAUCUUCUGCGACCGAGUGUUCCCAGUCUGUCCUUGCUCUUCCGGAUGGAAUCAGAUGUGCUACAAGACGAGUUGAAAGCUGGAGAAUAUGCCACUAGACCCAAGGCGGGGAAGGCCGAACUCCGCAAUGAAAGCCUCUUGAUGGAGUUUCACAAUGCCCUCCCAUUCCUCCCCCAUAGCGAGAGGAAGAUCGUGGGUGUGGACCAGGCGAGAGAGAUGGUGGCCUAUGCCAAUGACAGAUGGGGAAAGGAGGCUCGUCAGGAGCUCAACGUGGACUUCCUUCACAUUCCGGCCCUGGCAGGGCCUCCGGAUGAGGACCUCGAUGACCUCGAAAACCUGGAAAGACCGGAACCUUUUCCCUGCUACUUUGCCAAGGCUUUCAGCUUCUUUGCCCUUCACUGGGCUCCUGACAUCCCAUCGCUGUUAAGAACGCUGAAGAUAGUGCGAAGAAGCUUGGUGGGAGGAGGAGAAGCGAAGCUGGUUCUUCUGGCCCAUUGCCCAGUCUUCUCUGUGUACAAGGACCUCUCUUCCACGCUCCAGGGUUGGGAGAAGUUCAUAGGUCCGUACCACGACUCACCGGACCCGGAGGAAGAAUUUCGAGGCCAUCUGUUAGAGGCGGGGUUCCUGGACCCUCAAGUCGAGCUCAUUAAUCGUCACAUCACCUACCCCAACAUUCUCUUCCUUUCGAAGGCCAUGGAGGCAGUGAACCCAUUCCUAGACCUGAGCGAGGGUCCUUGUUCCAAGGAGAUUCUGGAUAUGUGCGUGGAUGAGAUCCAGAAAUACACCGUGAAAAGGAGUGACGGCUCCCUCUCGGGCGAAUACACCCUGCUCAUUGCCACGGCGUCUGCUCCACAUCACAAUGGAGGGCGGUAAUGAAAGAUGAAAACACUCAGGACGUCUUCGAAAGGGCAGAGGCUGGGGAUAUGGCGGAUGGAUCAUCAGAGAGUCUUAUCUGUGAUGCUUCACGUGUUCAUGCUUGUUUGUUUCUUUUUUUUUUACGAGACGUCAAACAUAGAUUCAAGCUUGAAAUGAAUACACCAGAACGUGC